AUGCCAGCCCUCACGCUCCACCUCCUAACUCUAACCCCACCAACAACACCAGAAUCCUUCAUCGCACAACUAUCCAAACUACCAGAAACAAAGAUUGUUGUCGCAUCCCGUCCCCGCCAAACAGUAAUCCACCCAAACAUCCUGGACGCAAACCCCCUAGCAAGCACAAACUGGGACCUCCUCCUCCUACUCCAGCCAACAAAUCCUGCAAGCACAAGCACAAACCCAAUCCCACCACCCCUCCAAAGCCUCAUCAAAUCCGAAUACAAAAUAACGGCCGGGAUCCCCUCAAAACUCCUCGCAGCCUACCCAACCAAAGACAAAAUCCUCAAAGCAAAGCCCCAGCCAGCCCUCACAGGCUCCCUUUCCAAAGCCCUAUCAAAAGAAUCAAAAUCCACAUCCCAGAACCUGGAAUUGUCACCCCAGCUUAUAGCAUUCAUGGAUGAACUGUGCAAAACGCACAAUGGUCCCGUGACGAUGUUGAAUCUUCUUCAUUUUAACCAUCCAAAUGGUAAGAAGAGUUACUUCAAUUAUGGGCAGGCGUUCAUCCCUGUUGCUGGCAAGAGAGGUGGCGAUGCAAAGAUUGUUGGGAAUGUGGUUCGGCCUGCUGAUGGUGCGGGAGAUUCGAGAGGUGAGAAUGGGAGGCCGAGCGAGGAGUGGUGGAAUGAGAUUUCUAUUGUUCAUUAUCCUUCUAUUCGCCAUUUCUGUGAUAUGCUUGCUGGGGAGGAUUAUCAGGGGAUUAAUGAGGAGCAUCGGUUGUCGGCACUCCGGGAUACAUUCUUACUUUGUACGACUGAGUUCGAUCUUGAGGGUGUUGCAAGCUCAAAGCUGUGA